AUGGAGGAACCACCUCUGAUUGAACAAAUAGAUCUUGUUAGUCUCAAUUCUCACCUAACAUGCAAAUUAUGCCAUGGAUAUCUUAUUGACGCCGUGUCUAUAACUGAAUGUCUUCAUCCUUGUAACAAUCUGUUCAUGUUAAUCAUUUUUAGUUUUGCUGAUCGAACCCUACAAGAUAUUGUUUACAAGAUAGUCCCCAAUCUUAAGGAAAUUGAAAGGAAAAAUCGGUCCGAUUUCUACCGAUCAAUUGGUCGAUCUCCACCCCCGAACGAAGGUAUAUUACUGAAUGUUUUUCACUUACUUCUAGAUCUUAUUAAUGAGUACAAAGCCUUAAGUAUUAGGCAAAACACAGAUGGUAGAAGUAAAAAUAUUUCCAGUGAUAAUCACAAUUCUGAUCCCAACUUUCAUCGAGAUGACGACUGCGUUCACGUCAAAUUAGAAUCUGGUUCUGAGUCCUUAAAAUCCCUCCGUCUUAAGUACUUGCGGAUUUCAUCCAAAGCUACGAUUGAUCUUUUUAUCCUCAAUAGUGAAACCGGUACGUUUCUAGGCCGAGAUCACGUUCUCAAUUCUUGUCAAAUGGAUGGCUCUGAGAAUCCCUUUUGGGAUCCAAACGAAUUGACUAAACCUACUUCUUCCCCUAAGAAAACUUCGCGCUUUACGACCUUUAUUGUGCCUGAAUCAAACGAUGAUUCAAUUAUUUCAACUAGGGAAUCCUCGACAAAAAUGUUCCGAACUCCUCCUUACAAUGAUUUCUUAGCUUCUCAUUCGAAGUCCUCUAACCGUCGAAAUGAUGGAUAUGCCGUUCCUCACAAACCUGAAGGUCAACAGUACGACGAUUUUGAAACUAUUGAUUGGGUCAAGGAUAUUGCCUGUGAUCGAGAUCGGUAUAGACGUAUUCAUUCUGACAAGAACACUCUUCUUGGAAAACUUCGGAUUUAUUGGAAUUCCGCUUCUGGAUGGAUUUGUGUAAGCCUGGUUGGAAUCGCUGCAGGUCUUAUUGCUGCUUUAAUCGAUAUUGGUACGCCCUGGUUAACAGAUCUGAAGGAAGGAAUUUGUCUUGACGCUCUUUGGUUUAAUCGGGCACAGUGUUGCUGGUCUUCGGAUGUCCCUGGUGAAGAUUGUCCUGAAUGGUACUCGUGGUCUAGAUUAAUGAUGAAUAAAGACCCUUCUGGCGAGAACCCGUCUGCCUACUUCGUCUCUUACGUUGUCUUCGUUCUAUGGGCUCUCGUGUUCUCCACACUCUGCGUCGCUUUUGUACGCAUGUUUGCUCCAUACGCCUGCGGUUCUGGUAUCCCAGAGAUCAAGACAAUUCUGAGUGGUUUCAUUAUUCGAGGGUAUUUAGGCAAGUGGACACUGUUGGUGAAAUCGAUGGGUAUGGUAUUGGGUGUCUCGGCGGGACUGAGUUUGGGUAAAGAAGGUCCUAUGGUACACAUGGCCUCUUGUUGCGGCAAUAUUCUCUCAUAUCUCUUCCCCAAAUACUCAAAGAAUGAGGCCAAGAAACGAGAGAUAUUGUCAGCAGCAGCAGCGGCAGGUGUAGCCGUGGCAUUCGGUGCACCAAUUGGUGGGGUACUCUUUUCCCUCGAGGAAGCCUCUUAUUACUUCCCCAUGAAGACCAUGUUCCGUUCCUUCUUCUGCGCCAUGGUCUCUGCCAAUCUGGUGCGAAUGAUCAACCCCUAUGGCGACGAACAUCUUGUCAUGUUUCAGAUUGACUACAAGGCCCAAUGGCAUAUUGCCGAACUCAUUCCAUUCGCCAUCCUAGGCAUCAUGGGCGGUAUCUUCGGUACCCUCUUCAACCGUUCAAAUCUAUUCAUCUGUCGUCUGCGAAAGACCACGUGGCUAGGUCAAUACCCAGUCCGAGAGGUGUUGCUGGUCACCCUGGCAACGGCUGUACUUUCCUACCCUCUACCUUACAUGAGAAUGAACAUGGGAGACCUGGUACGACUCAUGGUUAGCAGAUGUGGACCUGGCGAUCUCGGUGCUCUUUGCGACUACAAAGUUAACCUGAGUGAUACUCAAGCCACCAUCAUGGGUAACUAUCACGCAGGUCCUGGUAUUUCCCAAGCAAUGUGGAUGCUUGCUGUUACCCUCUUUCUCAAGGCCAUCAUCACUGUGUUCACUUUUGGCAUCAAGGUUCCAACCGGUCUCUUCAUUCCUUCUCUUGCUGUUGGAGCAAUGAUGGGCCGAAUGUUGGGCGUGGGUAUUGAGCAACUUGUUGUCCACCACGCAGAUCACCCAUUGGUUCAACGUAUGUGCAAGUCGGCACAUCCAUGUGUCAACCCAGGUCUCUAUGCUCUUGUUGGGGCUGCUUCAACACUGGGUGGAGUUACUCGUAUGACUAUUUCUCUUGUCGUCAUAAUGUUAGAACUCACUGGAGGAUUGACAUACAUUCUUCCGCUAAUGGUAGCUGCCAUGGUGAGCAAAUGGACCGGUGACCGUCUUACUAAUGGUAGCAUCUACGAAGAACACAUUCGUUUGAAUAAGUAUCCCUAUUUAAGUAGCCGUGAAGAGCUUAUGCACACAUCUAUUGCGGCCGAUGUUAUGCAGCCAAAAACCCAGACUUCACCGCUUUUGGUAGUAACUCAAAACUCGAUGACUGUUGGGGAUAUAGAGUUCUUAUUAUCCUCAUCCACCUAUAAGGGAUUCCCUGUUGUGGUUUCCGAGGAAUCACAGUACCUAGUUGGAUGGAUAACCCGAAGAGAUUUGACCCGAGCUCUCGAACAAGAAAAACUGUACAAUCCGGAUGUGGCAACUGAUUCAAUGGUCUACUUCACAGACAGUAAUAGUGCUGGAGAUUUCGGUCUGCCUACUAAUGUUGCAAAUCUUUCAACUAUUGUAGAUUUAUCACCCAUAACUGUCACGGAUCAGACACCCAUGGAGACUGUUCUUGACUUCUUCCGGAAACUAGGUCUUAGGCAGGUUCUUGUCACCAAAAAUGGACGCCUAUUGGGUAUAAUUACAAAGAAGGAUGUUCUGCGACAAAUGAACCAUCAUUAA